AUGAAAUUACAUGGAAACACCAUCAUGUCACAGUUCUACUCACAUCGUCAAUUAAUUUUUUCCGAUGAAAAGAACGAUAAAGAAUCGAUCACAGUCACUAUACUAGAGACAUUUGAUACAUCAUCAUCGUACGGUCUUUAUCUCUGGCCAUGUUCACCGGUACUUGCUCAAUAUAUUUGGUAUCACCGAAGUGAUUUUAUCGGCAAGAAGGUCCUUGAAAUCGGCGCAGGUACUUCAUUACCCAGUCUCGUUGCAGCCAAAAUCGGUGCUCAUAAUGUCGUGUUAUGUGAUAAUCCAAAAAUCGACAAAUGGUCUCCAUUGAUACAUGAAACGCUCGCUAAGAACGCUAUGAUCGCCGAUCGAAUUCGUGUUGAAUUUCUAGAUUGGUAUGAUGAAAGGAGUAUCGAUGAUCUAAUCAAGAAACACUUCCCAACGAAUAUUGAUAUCAUACUUGGUUCAGAUAUAUUCUUUCACAAAAAAGACUUCGAAAUAAUUCUGACUUUGCUCGACAAACUCUUUUCAAAUGGGCAAUCAACGCUGAAGUUUAUCGGAACUAUCGAACGACGAAGUCGAAGUACGAUGUUGAAAUUGAAUCACUUGAUCGAUAUGUGGAAUUUCAAGUUCGAAAUGGUGCCAUUGAAGAAUUUCAAUGGCGAAACAAUUUAUCCAAAUAUUGUGGCAGGACAUGACAUUCUUCUUUGUCUAAUCACGAAAGAAUGA